AGAUAUGGCCCUAGAACAUUCCUCCUAUCUGUUUGAUGUGGAAAGAGCCAUUUCAUGCAGUGGAAAUUUUUUGAUAGUGUUUCUCUUCUGAAUUCUGUCUAGCUAUUGUGAAUUUCAUUAUUGAUGAAGUUUGUUUCUUUAAAGGAUGAUCCAAGCACAAAUGCUGGGUGUGGCUAAAUUUGACUGAAGAUGGUCAUGUGGAAUGUGAUGCCAGUAUCAUGGAUGGUGAUUCUGGGGCAUUUCGGGCUGUUGGAGUGGUGCCAGUUAAUAAUCAGCAGGUGUCUGGAAUGGUAUCCAAUUGCUGCUUUGUUGGCCAAGGAACAAAUGUUGGGGUCAACACUGCUGGGUCGAAUACCUCCCAUCUUCUUGGUUGGUGAAGGUGCAUGUAUGUGGGCAAAAUCCAAGGGUAUUCCUUUGCCGGCAAGUAUACCAGAGGCUGAUGAGUGGCUGGUUACAGAGAGGGCAAAAAGACAGUGGGAAAAAUACAAAUCAAUGCUUGAUGAUGCAAAAGCCAUGAAAGCAGAAAUUGAUGGAGAACUUUCUUCUAGCACUCGAGCAAAUGCUGCUUUAUCAGAAGUUCUACCAUGUGAUCAUUUGAAGACAUAUGGGGAUCAUGGUCAAUUAUGUACGUUGAAUGUGUCAGAAGAUAUUAUUAGGGAUAUUUGUGUUGACACUAAAGGACAUAUAGCAUGUGGAGCUUCAAGUGGUGGCAUUGCACUGAAGGUCUCAAUUCUUAGGAUUACAAAACAGCAAAAUAAGACCGACAUCGACCAGUUUGCCACACGAACUGAUGUUAGUGAAAGUAUAGGAUAAAAUAUCAUGCGCACUAAGAUUUUGAUAAGAAAUUUAAAAUUUGAAAGUAAA